AAAAAAAAAAAACCCUUUUGGAAUUUUCCGGUGGCGAAAACCAAAAGCCACACAGACUCAGUUCACACACACACUCUCACUUCCCCCAAAAUCCAUUUCAAUAAAAAAAAAAAAAAAAUGUGUUCUUCGAAAACCCUAACACACCUCAUCUCCACCGUCGUGAUUCUUCUAAUCACAACAACAACCAGUUUCCAGAACGCCGUAGCCUUAGGCGGAGACGUCGGAGGUUCAAACACAAACCAUAUCUAUUCUCCGUGCUCCGACACCAGAAUCCAAAGAUCCGAUGGAUUCACAUUCGGAAUCGCAUUCUCGUCUCGUUCUUCUUUCUUCCUCAAUCAAACAGUUCUUCUCUCUCCCUGUGACCGUCGACUCACUCUCGCCGCCAUGAAUUCUCAGCUCUCUAUCUUCCGUCCUAAGGUCGAUGAGAUCUCUCUCCUCUCCAUCAACACCUCCGCUUUUUUCCCGGACAACUAUGGUGGAUAUAUGGUGGCGUUUGCGGGUCGGAAAUACGCGGCCAGGUCUAUUCCGGCUUUUAUUGCUAACAGCACUUUCAUCGUUACCAGUUUUACUUUGGUGAUGGAGUUUCAGAAAGGUAGGCUUCAAAACCUGUAUUGGAAGAGAGACGGGUGUGCGUCUUGCAAGGGGAAUCAGAAUUUUGUGUGUCUCAACAGGCAGGAUUGUGCUAUUAGAACACCGAGCUGUAAAGGCCAUGGAGGUACGGUGGACUGUAGUCUCGGGAUCCAGCUUGCGUUUUCCGGCACUGAUAAACACUUGAGGGUUCUCAACUCGUGGUAUGAAGUUGAGAAUCUUAAGCAGUAUUCUCUUUAUGGUCUGUAUUCGAACCUCAAGAGCUCUCUUACCAGUCAGUUCAACAGUUUCUUUUGAGCUUCUUCAUGAGUUCUGUAUUUGUUUGUUUGUACCACGUAAGUUAAUCUCUUUGGUGACUUUCUCUAAUGGAUUAUCAACUGUAACACGAAACUGCAGCAAUGGUUAUGGUAGCAACUGGAAUGUCCCUAUUCUGGGCAUAUCAGGUUUGGUUUUAA